AUGCCAGCCCCUCUAAAGCUUCCCCUCCAUUCCCUCACAUCACUCGAAUACCCAUUACACACUCUUCUCUACUUUACUACAACACUCAAACCACGCAAACUGGUUUCUUCGAUCUUCAAAGAACCACACACACGAGAUACCCCACGCGAGAAAUCUACCAAAAUGGCCCGCGGCAACUCCCCCCAAACCCAAGUCUUCUACAAGGGCAGCUCCGGCGACCAAUUCUGCAUCUUCGUCGAGAGCGUAGAGGAGCUUCAGAAAUGGAAGGCUGAUAGCACGAUUCCCAUGGUUGACGUUGUGGCUGGGUGGAAAGUGCUUGUCCCUGAACACGGCAAGCAAGGUGUCCUCAACACGGCUAGCAAGCAGCAGCUUGAGAACGAGUUUGGUAAAGAUGCCAAGGAGGAUGAUAUUUUCAAGAAGAUUCUCCAGGAGGGUAGUGUGCAGAGCUCUGAGGUAUGUUGA